AUGGACCAUGUCGAUUGUUCAUUCGAGUACCAGAUUGCGAUGGUCCCUUUCAACUGUGGAACGUGGACGGAUGUGGAGCACCAAGGAUUUCUUCGCGGUCUCGAGGUGUACGGUUAUGGAAACUGUGACGCAAUCGGAAUCUUUGUGCCCUCUCGCAGCCCGCUCCAGAUCGAAGCCUACGCUCAGUGGUACUUUGCGGAGGGUGAAGCUGUCCGGCAUCUUCACCAGGUGGCGGGCCCGGCAGGGAGCCCAGUACCGGGUGCGGUGAUGGAGGCGGCGGCGGCGGCGGCGGCUGUGGCGGCGGCGGCAGCAGCGGCGGCCGGAACGGUGCUGCUGCCCGGUGCCUCGGUGUUUUCGGCGAGUUGGCCGCCGCUCAAGAGCAGCCGGGGUCGCAUCCGGCGUCGCAGCAGCAGCAGCAGCAGCGCACCGCUCAUCGGCCGGGGAUGCCCGCUGUCCCGAAUCCACACCUAG